AUGCCGACAAGAUUUUUAUUGCUGGUCAUACUUUUUAUCUAUCUAUCUAUCUAUCUCAGUCUAUUUUCUAUCUAUCUAUCUAUCUAUCUAUCUAUCUAUCUAUCUAUCUAUCUCAGUCUAUUUCUUUUUCUAUCUAUCUAUCUAUCUAUCUAUCUAUCUAUCUAUCUAUCUAUUUCUUUCUUUCUUUCUUUCUAUCUCUAUCUAUCUAUCUAUCUAUCUAUCUAUCUAUCUCAGUCUAUUUCUUUCUUUCUAUCUAUCUAUCUAUCUAUCUAUCUAUCUAUCUCAGUCUAUUUCUUUCUUUCUUUCUAUCUAUCUAUCUAUCUAUCUAUCUAUCUAUCUAUCUAUCUAUCUCAGUCUAUUUCUUUCUAUCUAUCUAUCUAUCUAUCUCAGUAUACAUUGAUUUUUAUUGCUGUCAUACUUUUUAUCUAUCUAUCUAUCUAUCUAUAUAUCUAUCUAGCUAUCUAUCUCAUGAAUCAAUCUCCGUUGAUAUUUCAACUUAUCUGUUGUUCAAUCUUUCUGUUCAUAUCUGUCUGUCUAUCUAUCUAUCUAUCUAUCUAUCUAUCUAUCUAUCUAUCUAUCUACUUCAGUCUAUUCAUUAUCUGUCUGUCUGUCUGUUUAUCUAUCUCAUUCUAUUUCAUAUCUAUCUAUCUAUCUAUCUAUCUAUCUAUCUAUCUAUCUAUCUAUCUAUCUAUCUGUCUGUCUCAGCCUGUUCUGUUCAGUUUUUUGUUUCAUAUAAAAAACAUUUUUGUUGUCUAUACCAGGUCAUAUGCAGAAAGUUAA